GCCGUCCCAGCCCACGGUUCCCCUGACCCCACUCGCCUUCCCAGAACUCAAUCGCCCGAGCCCCCAGCCUGUGGUUCCCUCCUAGGCCCCAGCCUUUCCUGCCUUCGACUGAAACAGCAGCAUCUUCUGAGCCCUGGGGGCUUCCCCGGGCCCCAGCCCCGACCUAGAACCCGCCCGCCGCCUGCCACGCUGCCGCUGCCACUGCCGCUUCCUCUAUAAAGGGACCCAAGCGUCCGGGCCCAGGGGCCCCGCACAGCAGGUUCUCCCCAUGACACCACCUGGACGUCUCUACCUCCCCCUCCUUCUGGGGCUGCUGCUGGCCCCGCCGCCGCCUGGGGCCCAGGGGCUCCCUGGGGCUGAGUUCCCGCCCUCAGCUGCCCGGAAUGCCCAGCAGCGCCUUCAGAAACAUUUCGGCCACAGCACCCUCAAACCUGCUGCGCACCUCGUUGGAGACCCCAGCGCGCAGGACUCGCUGCGCUGGAGAGCGAACACGGAUCGGGCCUUCCUCCGCCACGGCUUCUCCCUGAGCAACAAUUCCCUGCUGGUGCCCAGCAGCGGGCUCUACUUCGUGUACUCGCAGGUGGUUUUCUCUGGGGAAGGCUGCUCCCCCAAGGCCGUGCCCACGCCUCUCUACCUGGCUCACGAGGUCCAGCUCUUCUCCUCCCAGUACUCCUUCCAUGUGCCUCUCCUCAGCGCCCAGAAGUCCGUGUGCCCAGGGCCGCAGGGACCCUGGGUGCGCUCCGUGUACCAGGGGGCCGUGUUCCUGCUCACCCAGGGAGACCAGCUGUCCACCCACACAGAUGGCAUCGCCCACCUGCUCCUCAGCCCCAGUAGUGUCUUCUUUGGAGCCUUUGCUCUGUAGACCUUAGAAAAAUCCAGAAAGAAAAAAAAAUGGGCUUCAAGGCCUUCUCCCCAUUUUGACUCCAUUCUGACUGUUUCAAGGAUCACCACCACCUCUCCUUGGACCAUUCCAACAGUCUCAAGUCUCCCCCACUCAAGUCACCUGGAGCCUUCAAAGAAGGAAUUCUAGGCCCCCCAGGGGACCGCACCUCCCUGAACCCAGGAUGUCACGCCUGCCUAGAAAUUCAGAGCCGCCUGCCUAGAAAUUCAGAGCCGGAGCUGUCCUGCUGUUCCCCACUGUCUAGGUGGGGCCUGCGCCUGGACCCGGACCGGGACACAGGGCAGCUUGGGAGGAAGACUAGAGGCAGGGAAGGGGGACUAUUUAUGAAGGGGGGGAAUUAAGUUAUUUAUUUAUGGAGCAUGGAGAGAGGGGAAUAACACAAGGAUGUCAGGAGAGAGAGAGUGUUGAACAGGCUCAAGAGCUAAAGACAAGGCACUUGGACAAGGCUCAGAGAGAGAGAGAGAGAGGUCUGAGGAACUGGGGGGCUCGAGAAGGAAGCGAAAGGGCCGCCGAGCCAGCAUCGCUUGACCAGACACCCCCGGGGAGACACCUGCGCCCUCGCCCUCAGUGAAGCCCAAUAAA